AUGAUCAAGAACAAGAACAACAAGAUCAUGCAGGAAGAUCCAGCGACUACGCGCGACGCCUCUUACCCACCGAGUCCGCAGAUGUCACAUGACUCCAACGUGGACCACGGUGUAUGCGCCGCCUCGAGCCCCGCGUCGUGCGCUUCGGCCGGCAGCUUGUCGCUGCCGGCGGCCAGCUGUUCGGGCUCAGCCGUGAACUCCGACAGCUCCUCGCCGUUUAUCGAAGGCUCGUCCCCUCUGCCCAGUGCAUCUUCUAUGAUGGCCGUCCCCUUGUCGACAAGGGGACGCAAGCCGCUAAUCGGCGACAGUAGCUGCCUCUCGUUCGACUUCGACUGCAGCUGUCCCGUGCCAGAGGGCAGGGCCAACAAGGCGUCUCCACAACACGCCGCGCACUCAGGCACAGAAUCCCAAGCCUGCAGGCUGAUGGCUUUCAUCGGCAGCCUGAUCCUGCUGUCCGUCAUCAUAUCGCAGUUUAUAGGGACACGUCGUGGCAACUACGCCUUCUCACUGACAUGCAAAUUCGGCCGUGUCGAGGGCGAGCAAAUAUUUGUGCCCGGCGGGCCGCCGGUCAUCCGCUACCUUGGAAUCCCGUUCGCCGUGCCACCUGUGAACAAGCUUCGCUUCCAGCCGUCGCAGGUUGCGGAACCUCUGGCGCACCUGAGCAACUCAUCGUUCAAGCGAAGGAUUAAUUUGGCCGAGCGAGCCCGCUCCUGCCCGCAAGACGGCGCCCUUGUCCCGAGCUGGCUGUACACGAGUCCCAGGGAGACGUCCGAAGACUGCCUCUACAUGAACCUGUGGACGCCCGACACGGAGUGCCUGUUCCAUGGCCAGGACUGUGGAUCCCGCGCAGUCAUCGUGUUCCUUCACGGAGGAGAUCUUCGCCACACUGGAAACAGGGCGUACGACGGCGCCGUGCUGUCGGCCAAGGCGGACGUCGUGGUUGCCGUGCCCAACUACAGGCUCGGGCUGCUGGGCCACUCCGCGUGGAAUGAGUCCGAGUUCAUGUCUCUGAGCCUGGGCGACCAGCUCACCGCCGUCCGCUGGCUCAGGGAAAACGUGGGCUUCUUCGGCGGCAACGCGUCUCGCUUAGUUCUCGCGGGACACGGAGCAGGAGCCGCGUCCGUGGGCCAUUGGGUGCUCAGCACGCAACCCGAAGUCGCAGACGUGCAGCGCUUCAUCAUGAUUAGCGGGAGCCCCUACGCCCGGUACAUGAAAGAUGCUGACGUCAUUGCGAUGAACAUGCGCACUCUUGCCCGCCGUGUUCAAUGCGAGAGCUACGACGAGGUUUCGUCCGCAGAGGAGAUUAUUCCAUGCCUCAGAAGACUUCCGUCCUCGGUGCUUGUGCCACGGCUGACGGGGCUGAACGGACGGGUCAUCGAUACUUCCAGAAGCAUGGAUGACAUUCCCACUGCACAAGGGCCGAGUGUUUUCAGACCGCGCGGGUCUCUGCUUCUGGGAACCACUCCCGAUGAGGGGUACCACUUCGUAGGCCCGAUGAUGACGCUGCACAGCAUGCAACAGGAGUGGAUGCUGCACUGGCUCACUUCUCAGGGCAUAGACAACGCCUCUGUUCUUUUAAACGAUUACGAGCGAGAGCUGGGAACGACCAACUCCACGGUGGUGUGGACCGAGGCGUACGCCGACGUCAGGUACCAUUGCCCCAUGCGUCGCUUCGCCGAGCGGAUGGCCGGCAGCGGCGUGACCGUGCACUGGUUCGUGUUCGAUGCGAAACCCUCGUUUGGAGAGCCGAACCUUCGGGGUGACGAGGCCGGACACUACGCUACCGUGCGUCUCCUGCUCACCGACCUCAGCAGCGUGCGCACCAACGAUGAGGACAUCGCCGUUCGGGACAGCUUCGUCAGGACGCUCGGCUCAUUCGUUAACACGGGGCAAUCGGCAUGUCUCGGAGGGGCCUCGGCUCCAAAUGCCCACCUCUGGAUUCACCAGUGCGCCCAGCUACUUAACUGCGACAUCAACUUCCACGAUCGUGUGUCACGCAUGGAAGCCGAACGUCAGGAUACGCGUGAGCCGCAGCGGGAAGACUAA